UUUAUUCCAUUUCCUUCUUGUUUUUCCAAUAUCUGCCAAGCGCCGAAACUUUCUGAAACCGCCUAUGCCAGAGGUGUCUUCCACCUUCCAUCACAUCAGUCAUCAAUGGUUCGAAUGCUUAUGCUUUCCCGUCUUCUUCUCUCUACCCAACCUCAGGCGCCACUGGUGUCAGUAGCUCAGAGACUGCUUCUACCUCAUGGAGGCUCGAUUACUCCAGAUACUGGGACAACCCAGGACCGCGUGGCAUGCUCAUCCUUUAGGAAGUUACUUUAUGGAUUUAGGACUUUUUGCACUAGCGAAGAAUUGGCGACUAAGAAGUGCGUGCCUUGCAAUGCAAAGGAUAUGCGGCCCAUGACUGAAGAAAGUGCAAAUGCUUUGAUUUCAAAGGUGGAAGGAUGGAAAUUGCUGAAUGAAGGCGAUAUUCUGAAGCUCAGCAGGUCAUGGAAAGUCAAGAGCUUUACCAAAGGACUCGAGUUGUUUCAGCUUGUGGCUAAUGUUGCAGAAGCGGAAGGUCAUCAUCCGGAUCUUCAUCUUGUGGGAUGGAAUAAUGUAACAAUUGAAAUAUGGACACAUGCAGUUGGUGGGCUUACAGAAAAUGACUUCGUACUCGCUGCCAAGAUCAAUGAACUACCCUUGGAUGGUCUGCUGAGGCGGAAGGUUAAAGACUCGAGUUCGAGUAAGUAGAAUCUAUUGUUGGGUUAUAAAUAAAACAUACUUUGUAAUGAAGAUUAACCUUUUGGCUUGGGAUUUGUAUAUAGUCAGUAAAAUUAAGUUCAAGGGUUGUGAAUGUAUGGGAAUAGAAUCGAUGACCUGCUAUCACAAUCUGCUUCUUUUCGAUCGAAUGGAACAAUUUUGUAGGUUUUGGUGUCAACAAGGCUUCAGUGAGUUGCACGAUUGCUUUUUGAUA